AUGCUCGCCGACAGAAAACGUCCCAAUUCUACGGGUUUGACGUGCCAUAUAUUGUAUUUGAAUGGUUUAGCUUAUGAUGUACUUCAAAAGAAAUAUGGGGACUUUUAUGAAGUUUACUUAGGUCCCAAACGAAUGAUCUGGCUCUGCAGAGAAGAAUUGGUUCACGAGAUUAUGGCCCAGAAAACUAAUAGUAACUUUCAUUAUUCAGUGACUGCGGAUAGCGGACUUGAUGAAAUUGGAGUUCUAAAUUCGGGAGUUGUCUAUAACUUAGAUUAUAAGGCCUGGGAAUAUUAUCGAAGGUUUUAUACAAGAUCUAUAUUAAAACCAUCAUUUAUGAUUCAAUCACUAAAUAGUGUUCGGGAAGUAUUUAAUGAGAUGGAGGGUUAUUGGGAACAGCUUGGAGAAGAUACCGUAUUAGACUUUCCCCAUUGGACGAAAAGAUUUUUCAUGGAUUCCACACUUUUAUUAACCGCCAAUAAACGCGCAUACUCACUGGCUAACUAUUACAAUAGUAUAUCGAUUGGCAAAAAGGUUAAG